AUGUCUGGGCCUUUCCAGAGUCAUGGCUUCCAGACCUCAGUGGACACAGCCCGUCAACAGACUACGACAGUCGCUGGCCUGAAGCGAUCGCAUCAAAGCUCGGUCUCCAAAGAACCUGUUGCCUCUGUCGCAACAUCGAUGACCACUGCAGCAGCAAAUGCAACGAUGGUCGGACACAGCAACGAUCCCAAACGGCGGCCGGUGGAUUUCAUUCGAGCGUCGACAGCCACUCACGAGAUACGCAUCGCGGCUAGCCCGAUUCGCUCUCUUAGUGCUAAUAAUUCCGUCAGUGCGAUCCCGCCCUUGGCGCCGCCGCCUGCCCCAAGCCAGUCGAGCAAUAACCCCCUGCUCUCCCUUCAACAUCCUAAAUAUGGCCUGCCGCCUGUACUAGUCGCCAAUUUUCAGGCUGUAGGCAUCCACAGCAUUUAUCCAUGGCAGGCCUCGUGUCUGCUUGGCCGCGGCCAUCUGACCGCCGAAAAGAAUCUGCUCUACACGGCGCCUACGGGAGGCGGCAAGUCAUUGGUCGCUGAUGUGUUGAUGCUCAAAAGAGUUAUAGAAAAUCCCCAGCGCAAAGCUAUCCUGGUAUUACCGUACGUUGCCUUGGUGCAGGAGAAGCUCAAAUGGCUCCGUCGCAUUAUCCAGGAUGUUGAAAAGAAUGUCGAUCCCUCGGCUUCGACGAAACAGCGAUGGAAUCAACCAUCAAAGGAAAUCCGUGUAACGGGUUUUUUUGGAGGCAGUAAAUCGCGAGCCACCUGGGCCGACACUGAUAUCGCAAUAUGUACAAUUGAAAAGGCAAAUUCUCUGGUUAAUACGGCCAUCGAGGAAUGUAAUAUCGAUGACCUAGCAGUAGUGGUCGUGGACGAGAUACAUAUGCUAGAUGAUGACAGCCGUGGUUAUCUCCUGGAAUUGAUGGUCACGAAGCUGUUACUGCUGCAACAAGACAUUCAGAUCAUUGGCAUGAGCGCUACUCUUUCUAAUACCCAACUACUUGCCGACUGGCUUCAUGCCUCUUUUCAUGCAUCGGCUCAUCGCCCAGUGCCGAUUGAGGAAUACUUGGUCUACGAUAAUUCGAUAUMCCCCGCCAUAAGUUCCAAGGAGUUCUUCCAUACAGCCAGGAAAUUACAGUCCGGUGCAGUGCAGGAUACGGUGCCGCCUUGCAGGAAGGUCGACUCAUCCCCAUAUAAGUCGUUGAGUCUUCCCACCGCAAACGCAAUGGUCUCUCUGGCUAUUGAAACGGCCACUGCUGGAUUUGGGGCUUUGGUAUUCUGCGGUAGCCGACAUGCUUGUCAAAUGAGUGCGCAGUUGAUCAGCGAGGCAAUGCCUUCGCCGUCGACUCUAGAUCCGGAGCUUUUGGAAAGGCGACUCGAUUUGUUGGCUGAGUUGGGAAGUCUGCCGUGCGGAUUGGAUCCGGUUUUUAAGAUUACUAUCAUCAAAGGGGUUGCAUUUCAUCACGCUGGAUUGACUACCGAAGAACGCGAUUUGGUUGCUGAGGCAUAUGACCGAGGUACUAUCAAAGUUAUCGUGGCGACGUGCAGUCUUGCAGCAGGCGUAAAUCUACCUGCAAGACGAGUUAUCAUGCAAGGUGCCAGAAUGGGCCGUGAUAUUGUCGGGCCGGCAUUGUUACGACAAAUGAGAGGACGCGCAGGCCGUAAAGGAAAGGACACCGUUGGUGAAACCUAUCUCAUCUGUCAGCGAGCAGAUUUGGAAGCUAUCUCUGAGAUUUGGGAUGCCGAGACGCCAGCUGUUGAUAGCUGUUUGGCACAGGAUAACAAAGGAGUAAAAAGAGCACUAUUAGAAGGCAUUGCAACACGUUUGGUAUCUGGCCGUGAGGCGAUCGAUGAAUUCAUGAGAUGCACUCUUCUAUGCAAGACACGCGAUGAAGCCGAAAUCGAACAACUGAUCGAAACCAGCUUACAAGAACUAGUCGACACGGAUCUCAUCCGCCUUCGCGACGACGAUUCCUAUGAGUCGACAAAACUAGGCGCUGCCAUUGUAGCAUCAUCAUUCUCGCCUGAUGACGGAAUAUUUGUGUAUGAGGAACUCAAACGUGCUCUUCAAGCAUUUGUCAUGGAUGGCGAGAUGCACGUAUUCUACAUGUUCACUCCGCUCAGCGUGGCUAUGAAUACGAAUAUCGAUUGGCUUAUUUUUCGAGACCAGUUGGAUCUUUUGGAUGAAAGUGGGAUUCGGGCGUUGCUUUUUGUUGGAGUGCAGCCUGGGUUUGUGAACAAUAUGGUACAAACUGGUCGAAAUAUUAAAGAAGAAGAUCCAGAGCAGCAGCAACUAUCCAGAAUAUACCGUCGCGCAUACGCGGCAUUCCAACUACGUGAUCUCAGUAACGAAAUUCCGCUAUCGACUGUCGCGAGGCGAUAUAACGUUCCACGAGGUGUCGUACAGACUCUGGCACAGACAUGUCACGGUUUCGCAGCGGGCAUGGUCAAAUUCUGUCAGAGAAUGGGGUGGGGCAUGCUCGCGGUUGUCCUUGAGCAUAUGCGUGAUCGACUCCAGGCGGGUGCCAGAGAUGACCUUCUCGAGAUGGCCCAAGUUACUCAUGUCAAGAGUUGGACUGCGAGACUGUUGUGGGAAAAUGGCUUUCGGAGCGUGCGGGCUUUAGCGGAUGCGGACGCAAGGGAUAUUGUUCCUGUUCUGAUAAUGGCUCGAUCUCGGAAAAGUCAAUCGCAUCCAAAUUCGGAAGAAGAGGCUGAACGGUAUGCUGCGAAGAUGACUCGCAAAGCAGAAAUGAUUAUCGCAUCUGCGAAUAAAAUAUAUGAACGCCAAAUGCAGGCUGAAAUUGACGAGGAAUAA